AAAAUCGUGAUAAUUACAAUUCAUUGCAAAAGGAACAUUCAGAUUUAUCCAAUCAUCUUCGACAAUUGGAAGAAGAUUUCGAGCGAAUUUCAGGUGAACAUGGACGAGCACAAAAUGAACGUGACAGAGAAUUAGCCGAAUUACGUGCUCAAGCUGAACAACGCGAACAAGCCAUUGCUGCUGUUCUAGAAAACAAUGUUUCACUCCGAUUUGAAAUCAACACAUACAGACGCUUACUCGAAGUUGAAGAAGGUCAUCUUCAACGAGUUGAAGGUGAAGGUUUAAGUUCGGGUGGACGAGGCUCAUCAUCGUACCAUUAUCAAGGAGGAUCAUCAGUAGGUGGAAGUUCAACUGGCCACUUUGAUAAUCAAGCAUCGGACGUUUCAACCAAGAAAAUGACCGUACAAAAAUCGGCUCGAGAAUAUUAUUUCUAA